AUGAGUAUUUUUUCGACCCCCUCCACUUCCAGUGCACGGAGGAAACUUUUACUGCUCUCAAUUUCUCGACAGGUGUUUGAUAAAUCAUCAUUUUUGGGUAAUUUCUUCCUAAUUCAGAACCUUCGAUAUUUUUCCAAAAAGCGGGGCUCAUUCAUUGAGAAACAGAAUCCGCUGAAUAUUCGGACACCGCCAUCGAAUCCUGCGCCGUUGCCGUUUUUCAAACCAGCGCGGGCAGGUUUUUUUAUUCCUUAAAUAAAAGGACAAGAGAUGGAAAUAAUUUCAAGGUUCUAAUUUUCUAUAUUUCAGAGAACAUGACCGCAGUCAAACAAAAGCUCGAUUUUUUGCUCGUUUUGGAUUUCGAAGCCACUUGCGACAACGAUAACAGCACCCUUCCUUGCAUGGUUUUUUUCCGUUUUCAACUUGAAAAAUUUUUUUUUUAGGAAAUCAUAGAAUUCCCCGUGGUUAAACUUUCGACAAAAGAUUGGCAAGAGAAAGGCCGAUUCCAUCAGUAUGUUCGCCCCACUGUCACGCCUAUCUUAACAUCUUUUUUUGCACUGGUUUAACCGGAAUAAUCCAGGUUUGAAAUUUAAAAAAAAAUUAAUAAUUAUAGUUAUAGGAAAUGGUGGAUGGAAAGCCGACGAUCGAAGAAGUUUUUCCCAUGUUCGAUAAAUGGUUGAAAGAGGACCAGGAACUGAAAAACGGCAACUUUUCAUUUCUAACUUUUGGGGAUUGGGAUCUGAAAGUCGCCCUUCCGAAUGAGGCUCGGUUCAAGAAGUUUGAGAUCCCCAGGUGAUUUCGAAGAAUUUUUUUUAUAGUCAUGCUUAAAAAUAAUUUCCAGUUACUUCAACUCUUGGAUCAAUAUCAAACGUUCGUUUGCAACCCACACCGGCCGGUUCCCCAAAGGGCUGCCCGAUGUUCUGAACGCUUACAAACUUCAACUUCAGGUUUCACUGAAUUUCAGAUAAAAAAUUAAAAAAUGUGUUCAGGGACAUCAUCACAGCGGAAUCGACGACGUUCUGAACAUUUGCGAGGUCGUCAAGUGCAUGGGACAAGAGGGAUUCGUUUUUCAAGUGGGUUCUAUUUUCAACUGGAUGGGUUCAGAAAAAAAUCAUUGUUAAAAAACGCAAAGGUUCAUAAGGAAAAUAUUGAGAACAAAAUUCUAGGAUUAAAAAACUUGGAGAAAAUCAUCGUUAGAAUGAAAUUAAAACUGUUUUCCUCAAAAUUGAAGUCUUCAAAAUGUUUUUUUCUGAUAGAAGCUUCAGACUAUGAUUGUUAUGGAAAUAAGGCAUUUUUACCAUUUUUUUACUUUAAAAAAAAACAGUUAAAAAAAUCCAAAAAAACAUUGAUUUUUUUCAAAAUUUUUGAUGAUUUUUUUCUCCUUAUUGGGAUGGACCAGGGUUGUACGAAAUUCCGUUUUUUUUUUUUGCGUUCCGUGAAAAUUAAGAAAAAUAGUAAAAAGCGCGCAAAUACUUGAAAAAAAUUAAAAAAGUGGUUUUUCGUAGUUUUCAAAAAAAUUGUACCGAAAAAUCUUUCCUUAUCUGGCCAUGACGCCUAACUUUAAUGAAGUAUUAGGAAAAUAAAAAUAUUUUUUCAAUAAAUUAGUCGUUUGUUCUGUAUUCCGCCUACCGAAAAAAUUAUCUAGCUACCAUUUUCCGCGAAAGAUUCCCUUCCCUGUAACCCCUGGAAUGGACUAUGAAAAAAAAAAGGAAACCAGAUCAUAACUUCAGAAAAAACGGCGACCCUCAAACAAGAAACGGGCCGGCCCGAACCGGCCAACGAUUUAG